CUUGGAAAUGCAUUUGAGGACAACUUUGCGUCGCAGUAUAGUUGCCGAUUUGUUCAUGAUUCAUUCGAAAUAACAUUUCGACGUUCGCCAUCAACAUGAACGCUCAUAAGUUACUGGGAUUCUUCAUUUUUGUUGUCGUUUCUGCCGAGCCAGUGAAAAAUGUGUUAGAAAAGAACGUUUUUCGCUUCAAACCGUUAGUUUGCAGAGCCGAAGAUUGCGUGACCAUGGCCAAUGUCAUUUCCUCGGCAAUGAAUUCAACGGCCGAUCCGUGUGACGAUUUUUACGAAUACGCGUGCGGGGAUUGGGCUCAUACGAACGAGACACCUCCACCGGAUGAACCCACGUGGACUCGCAUGGCAAUGUUCAAUAAAGAGCUCUGGAGAAAUCUUCGAACGAUAUUGGAAUCGAACGAAGAACACGAAGUUCCGGUUCAAAUGGCAAAACGAUGGUAUCGUUCCUGCAUGGAUGAAGAGGCCCUACAAAGUCAUGGAAUUCAACCUCUCGCGUCGCUUGUCAUUGCUGUCGGAGGUUGGCCCAUAGCCAUGGCUUUGGGUCAAUGGAAUCCUUCGGAUUAUUCGUGGCAAGAAAUUGAGCGGUAUUAUUCUCGAUUUGCGGGAUCAUAUGCUUUGUACGAUCUUGCAAUCGGUGUGAACAAUGAGGAUCCGUCGUUGAAGGAAUUAUGGCUCAAACAUCCGACAUUGCCUCUGCAAGAAUUUCUUCAGGUAAGACGAACAAUGUUCGAUCCCAAUGACAAAGAAGCUUAUGGAAAACUCAUCAUGGCAGUUGCAAAAGCUUUUGCGGCUUUCGAGGGAGCUAAAAUGUCGGACGAAAAAAUUGCAAGAGAAGUCGACGAUAUGAUCAAAUUUGAAAUGACAUUGGAUUCGUUCCGGAAUCCCGGGGAUAUACUUGCCGGCAAUAUAUCGUUAGUGCAAUUAUUUUUCGACGAUCAAUUAUCGGACAUCGAAACAUCAAGACAGAUAGAUAUUUUGACGUUGGUUCAAAACAUGUUCGAGGGUAUCAACGAAAUUGAGAUUACAGAAGACGAGUCGAUAACGCUCGACGUCCUGUAUUUUAUCAAACUGAAUCGUCUUCUCAAUGAAACUUCUCUACGUACCAUUGUCAAUUAUGUUCAUUGGUAUUACAUAAGUGGCCUCAUGUACGCCACCGACACGGAGAUGAGAAAUUUGCUCUUGGGAUUCAUGACAGAAACAGCUGGAAUCAAAAAGGCUUCGCCGAGAUGGGAGCAGUGCGUGAUUCAAAUGAAGCUGAAGCACGCUUUGGCUUAUCAAUUCGUUUCCGAAUAUUUCAACCAAGGCAUUCAUGACUCGGCUUUAGAGAUGGUUGUGAAGAUCCAGACUGAAUUGGAUAAACAAAUAAAUGGCUCGGUUUGGCUUGAUGAUCGAAUAAAAGAUGCGUACAGAGACAAAUUGUGGAAUGUCAAAACUUUCAUCGGUUAUCCAGAAUGGUACAAGAACGUUACAAACGUGGAGGAGUAUUACGAAGGGCUCACAGUCAACCAUGAUUAUUUUAACAAUGUUUUAAAAUAUAUGCAAUUCGAGAUGCGAAAAAAUCUACAAACGCUUCGCCUCAGGGAUCAUGACCCGGAAUGGCUCACCGAUCCAAUCACAAUAAAUGCUUUCUACAUUAUACGGGCUAAUAGCCUGAAUAUCCCUGCUGCGGAUUUUCAACCCCCCCUCUCCAAUCCUAUGAUGCCGAACGCUGUUAGAUAUGGAAUUAUUGGGUCGAUGCUGGGCCACGAAUUGUCGCAUGGGUUUGACAAUGCUGGAUUUCUAUUCGAUAAGGAUGGUCGACCAAUGAAUUGGCCGGAGGCGACGUUACAGGACACGACGAGGGCAAAUUAUACGUCCCGAGCUCAGUGUUUCAUUGAUCAAUUCGAUGAUUUUACGAAUGAGAACGCGACGAAAGAGGUGUUUGGGGGUUCACGAACCGUGGGAGAAAACAUUGCUGAUGCGAUGGGACUUCAGUCCGUUUUUAACGCUUACAAACUUUCGAUCAGAGAGAGCAUCGUGGGCGAUCGAAAGUUACCGGGUUUGGGAGACUUGAGUAACGAGCAAUUAUUUUUUCUCUCCUUCGGAACGAUUUGGUGCGAGAAGUCGACGCCCGAGUUCGAAAGAAAAAGGCUCGUUUACGGGGACGACCACAGUACGCCACGCAUCAGAACCCUCGCUGCGAUUGCGAAUGUCGAAGGAUUCGCCGAAGCUUUUCAUUGUCCGGAAGGAUCACCGAUGAAUCCGAAAAAAAAAUGUAAUAUAUGGAAAGGGCAACCUGUUACGUCAGAGACAAAUGAUGAUACCGAAGAGUGAAUUAUACAAAUCGAAUUGACGCUGACAAACUAGUUAAAAUUAGGCUCUCGAAACGAUGAACGAUCGAAUGCUGGAACGAAUUCACUAGCGUAUUAAAAUUAAGUCAAAAAGUAAUUUUUCAUGCAGAAUUCAAAGAUUCGAUAAUAUUGGAGUGACUCAAAAGUUAUUAGAUAUAAAUACAUUUUUUGAUCAUGUGUCCUCCUAACACCCUGAAUAAUCAAGAACGGAAGCUGGAACGUCCUCGAGCAACCACAACGUACACCGACGUGAAAUUGUACGUAAACUUUGGGUGUUUGUAUGUGUGCUUGAUAUAAUGUAAGCUACAUAUGAAUAUGAUAUAACUGUAUAUACACCGGGCAUAUACGAUGAAAGAUAGGGCAUGGUCGGAGGGUGGUUCUCUAUUCAAUUUCCGAACUAUCGACCCUCCCAAUUUUCGCAAAGUUUUAACGACUCUCGUGAAAGUGUACCGAACGUUUUAGAGCUUUUUUUUCUUUUCAUCAAACACGCAUAUGUAUGAAAGAUCUUUAAAAUAUACGAGAAACAAUA